CUGCUCCAGCUCCAGUUUGCCGGCGAGAAGUUUGUCUUUUGCAACUCCAACACCAACCAGCUCACGAAAGCUGUUGGCGCGGACAUCGACAUGACGAUCGAGUACCUUGCCGACCCGACGAUGCUGCCGGAUUUUACGAUUCCUCGCGUUCCGGGGCAGUCGGCGCUGUCAUGUCCAGUGAUCACAAAUGCUGUCUUUCCCAAUCUCCUACGCUCUCCGACGACGACACUGUCGACGCAUGCCGCGUUACUUGGCCCCACGACGUGUCGCUGCAAGGGCCGUCGCAAGCCUUGUCUUUUUGUGCACGGCGUUGGCAACAACGAGUCGUCGCUGCCAACGCGGACCUUUCCCGAAACGUGGGGCAGUAUCCAGGACCACGCGCCAUGCUGUUCGAGUGUCGCGUUUGCCCACUACGAGUCCCGCGCGCGGGGGUGGACGCGCCGUGACGUUCAAGUCGAAUUCUGUACCACAGCGCGCCACGUCAGCGGGUCGUCGACGUCAUCGAUCGACAACCUCAUCCUUGUCACCUACUCGAUGGGCAAUCUUGUCGCUGGCGGCGCCGUCGCCAACAGGACGUGUACGUUUGGUAGCGGCGUUACGUGGGUCUCGCUGGCGGGUCCGAUGCAAGGCAGUAAUGCCUCCAACGUGCUGGAGCAAAAGUGUGCCGCUGGCGACUGGAGCCCGUCGCUCGCCGUCGUGGGGUACUGUCCCGCCACGGAGGCGUAUUUGCAGCUGAAGGACCAAACCACCGUGAGCACAGACCUCUACAACGCCUUUCAAGCCGCACAAAGCGUCCGCCACCGUGCCAACAAGGUCCUCUGCGGCAUCAAUGCAUCGGGCCUUGGAUCGGCCGAUGCGCCAGCGCUUGUUUACGUUGGCUCGCAAGCGUUUUCGGAUGGCACGCUUCACGAUGGCGUAGUCGACUUGGACAGUUGCAGCUUCGGCUUUAGUAAGUUUGCGACGGACGCGAUGGCCGGUACCAACUACAAGGCGAGUAUCAACCACUUUGAUGCAUCGUUUCGCAACGGCGACGGCUGGUGGGGCGCCGACCGCAAGCCCGUCAAGUGGUUCGAGUGCGCUUUGUAG